UUAAAACGCAGUCGUCAAAGGUAAAACUGCAGUGAAAAAUUUCUAAAAAACUUUCUGUAAAAAUAUACUUUUCCAAUUCCAAAUUAAAAUCAAAAAUUUGUAUUGAGAAGUCAAGAUGGCUUCUCAAGAGUCAUCGUCUGCUAUUUCAAAAAGGGGUCUGACAAGAGAGGAUCUCGAAAAAAUACCAAGAGAUGUUCAAAAUAAAUAUGAAGAAUUCUUCUCGGAUUUUCUUCAAACAAAGGCACUUUACGAAACUCAAAAGUCGAAUAUUGAUCAACAAAGGACAGAAUUUGAACAGAAAAUCACUGGGCUUACCGAAAAGUAUCAAGAUGAGCUGGCAAAAGCACAAGCUGCUCAUGUUUGCAUUGAUGAGUUGCGAGAGCAACUCAAUGAGUCGCGACAGGAGGUCCAAAAAAUGACUGAAACAAACAAACGUUAUGAAGCUGAACUUUUGGAAUAUCGUAAAGAUCGAAAUGGAGUGAUUGAUGAACGUGAUUCGUUGAGAAAAAUGGUUGAUCGUCGUGAUUUUGAAGUUGAACGUAUGGAAGCUGAUAUUAAAUCACUGAAACAACAACUUCAAGCUGCUAUCAAUUCAAAGUGCGAAGCACUUUCGAAGUAUGACGAAGUUCAACACAAAGAAGUUAAUCUCGAGUAUAAGGAAAAACGUCUCGAACAAGAACGAAUUCUCCUUCAAAAUCAAAUUGAUAUGCUCACCGUUGAUCUCAAUCGUAACAUUCAAGAACUUCAAAAGUGUCGCUCCGAAACGACUGCAAGAACUAUGACAAUUGAAGCAAAACUUCAUGAGAAAACCGAAGAAGUUUCAAUUGCAACAUCACAAAUUGCGCAUUUGUCAGAAACGAAUGAAUCGUUAAAAACGAGAAUUGAGGAAAUUUCACAGCAAUUACUUUCGCAUAAUGGAGAAUUCACCAAAAUGAUGGAGAAAUACCAGAAAGAGUUGUUGGCGAAGGAAAGAUUAGCCGAAUUGUAUAAGAAGAAGAGUGAGGAAAUUGUUGAUGAGCAACGUGACAUCUCAGCUGUUGUAAGUGAUUUAAAAUCAACAUUGAAAGAAGCAACUGAUGAGUACGGAAAUUUAGAGACAAAACACAGACAAAUGGAACUUCAACAUCAACAUGAAAUCGAGGAGAAAAUGAAGAAAAUUGAUGAUCUUAGGAAUGAACUUGUCAAUGCAAAUCAACUGCUGAAAGUAGCACAACAAGAAAAUAUUGACAUCGCUGUUGAACGACUUUGCCCAGCAGCUGCAGCAACCAGCAAAUUAAUGAAGUCAGGAAAGUCUUUAACCGAAAUUUACUCACUUUAUGUUGGCACAACAGAAGAAUUGACAAAAACAAAGAAAGAAUUGGAACAGUUGAAGUUGAGAUUCUCAGAAGUUAUUCAAGAAAUUCAAGAGAAAGCUCCAAUCAUUCAACGAACUGAAAUUGAGUUAGAAAAAGCAACAGAAGCUAAUGCUGAACUUAAUCAUCAACUUGAGAAUAUAAUUCGCGAACGUGUUGAUUCUCGCAAUCAAGUUGAAGAGUUGAUGAUGAAAGUUAAAAGUUAUGAAACGCAAACACGAGAAUUGCUUCGCGAUCGUCAAGAUUUGAGUCGUCAAGUUUGUCAUCUCUUACAAAUUAUUGAACAAGCAAGAGGCGGACAAGGAUCAUCACGUGAUGAUUCAAUCACAUCAGAUAUGAGUGGAAAUGAAGUGAUUACCAAACGUUUAGUUACAUUUAAUGAUAUUCAAGAACUUCAACAGAACAAUACUCAACUUCUUGCUGUUGUUCGCGAUUUAACAUCGAAAAUCGAAGAGAUGGAUGAACUCAAAACUCACAUGGAUCAAGCGACUUAUGAAGCGAAGAUUGAGAAUUACACAAGACGUCUGCAAGAUAUGCAAGAAAAUAUGGAACUCCAAACACGAAUGAUGGAGAAAUGCAUUUCACAACGUGAACAUUACAAGAAAUUGUACAACGAUUCGAUGAAGAAAGGUGUGAAUAAGAACUCAACAAUGAAUGAUAACUUCAUGGACAUUGGUGAUGAUGACAACAACACACCAAGUGCAAGUAACACAAGCCUCAACUCAGCUGGCCUUAAUUCAAGUGUCGUCACAGAAAAGAAUAAAAAAAUCACCGAUCUCGAGCGUAAAAUGCAAGAAAGUGGAAAUGAAUUGAAGACAUUGAAGGAAGAAUAUGAAAAUUAUCGUAAAGAGAAGCGUGAAAAUGACGAAAUGAUGAAUAAACAAUUUGAUAGUUUACGAACAGAACUCCGUGAAGUGUCGACGAUAAAUUGCAAACUUCGUGCUCAAGUCGAGCAUCAUGAUGGACAGUUGAAGCUUCAACAAAAGAAUAUCGCGACUUACAAGAAGCAAAUUCAAACAUUGGAAGAACGUAACAAGAAUUACGAGUCGACAAUUGUCAAACACGAAGCAGCAAUGGCUUAUCUUCGUGAUGAUGCGAUGAAUUCAUCAUCGAAACUUAGUCGUGCUGAGAUAAUGAUUGAGAAGAUCACACAAGAAAGUCGAAUGCUUAAAGACAGCGAAAGUCGAUUAAAAGCUGAACGUGAAGUUUUAUAUCGUGAACGUCAAAGCAACAGUUUAGUUCUUAACAACUUGGAAAUGAUAAAGACGACAAUGGAACGUUCUGAAAACGAAGGACGAAUGAAGUUGGAAUCACGACUCGAUGAAACAACAAGAGAAUGUUCAGCAUUGCGUCGUCGUUUGCAGGAAGAACAAGAUCACUUCCGUGAGUUAUCCUCACAUUUAGAAAGACAAACACAAACAGCAAAAGAAAGAAUGGAAGAAGAGAAGACUUUAGCAACAAAAUAUCGCGACGAAUUGAUCGAAGCACGCGAAGAAAUUGAAAAGAAAAGUGAAAAGAUUGAACAGUUGAGUAAGAAACUUCAGGAAUCGUUGACACCCACGCAAGAUGAGAAUCCAGUGGCACAAGCAAAUAAGUUACGUAAGGAAAUGGAAAUGAGAUUAAAUGAGAUGACAGUCGAGAAGGAGACUUUGGAGAAAGAAUUGUUGAUGACAAAAGAACAUUCAAAGCAAUAUUGCGACAUGGCUGAAUCGUAUGAGAAACAAUUAUUGGAGAUUAAUGAAACUUACACGGAAUAUAAGACGAGAGUUGAGAUCAGUGAGAAUAAUCGCGAGUUGCGUGAAUUGCGCGAAAAGUCGACGUCACUUGCGACAGCUUUGGAAGCAGCUGAACAGAAAUACGCAAACGAAAUGAUUCUCCAUUCGAAUGAUAUAAAAACAAUGGCACGAUUGAAGGAACAAAUGAAUGUAAUUCAUCUUCAAUUUGAGGAACUUAAGAAUGCUCGUGAGACGGCUGAAGAGAAGCUUGAAAAUGGUAAGAAAAUGUGGAAUGAAAAGCAUGAAAAUCUUGUGAAAGAGAAAGUUGAGCUUGAAGGACGUUUGGAAGAUUUGGACAAACAAAAUUCAGCUUUGCAUGAUCAAUUGCAAGAGUUGAGCACGAAAAUCUUCAUGAAUGUGUCACAAUCAAUGGAUGAAUCAAUGGCCAGCACAACAAACACUUCCAUGAAUCGUUCAACGACAGGCGAUGAUGAAAAAUCAAGCGAGCAAUUGUUGCAAGUUAUCAAAUAUUUAAGAAAGGAAAAAGACAUUGCGGUGGCUAAAUUUGAUAUUCUUCGUUCAGAAAACAUUCGAUUGAAAUCUGAACUUCAAAUCAUUCAAAAGAAGUUUGAAGAAGCUCAAGAAAUGAACAUCAACAAGACUGAUAGCGAAUCAAGCGCUUUGAACAGUGCAAGACACGAAGAAUUGUUGAGAAAAGUUGAAACUCUCAAUGCAAUUACUGACAGUAAUCGAAUAUUGAGAGAAGAACGCGACACACUGUCAAAUAAAUUUAGUGCACUUCAAGAUCGUGUCAUGAUAGUUGAAGACGAGUUGAUUCCGUUACAAGAGAAAUGUCGUGAAUUUGAAGUUAAAAACGACACUUUAAAUGCUGAAAAUCAGUCACUGAGAAAUGAAGCAACACGAUGGAGACAACGUGCCAACACGUUACUUGAACGUUCAAGCAAAAAUUCACCCGACGACUUCAAAAGACUUCAAAGUGAACGUGAAAAUCUCGCGAAAAUGCUUCAAGUUGAAAAAGAUCAAAACAAGAAGACAAGCGAGGAAGUUCAGCAAAUUAAACAAGAAAAGGCGAAAGUUGACGAAACAAUUGUCAACUUGCAUCGUCAAUUGAAUCAACAGCAAGCUGACAACAAGAAAACAAGUGACGAGUUGUUGCAAUUGAAGCAAUCGAGUGCUAGAAUGAGUCAAGAAUUGUUAGAAAUGAAACUUAAAGUUGAUCUCAAAGAAGAUGAAAUGAAGAAACUCACCGAAGAACUCAACAGCAAAGAAAUGCAAUUAACAGCACUAAAAGAGAAAGAAAUUCAAAUUCGAAAGAUUGCAAAACGUUACAAAGAUCAAUUUUUGGAGUUGAAGUCUCAAAUCGAUUCUGGUGCGCUUGUUGGUGCAUCGAAAGAUGGCGAAAGUAGCGAUGUGGCGAUGGGAGGUGAGCCAAGCACAAGCACAAGUUCACAAGACAAAACAUCGGAUGACAGUAAACAACAAUUCGAAGCAAGAAUUCAACAACUCCAACAAGACAUCGAAACAAUUCGAACGGAGAAUGAUCAGUUGCAGCAGCAAAAUAAUGAAUUGAGAACAGCAGCAGCGAAGGAAGAAUCUUGCAAAACAGUUUUAGCUAAAGCGAAGCUGACAAUCACACAAAUGAAUGAGAAGCGUGAACAGUUGACACGCGAAUUAACAACAACGAAAAGUCAUUUAGAUCAACGAACGGAGGAACACGAGCAAGUGAUUCGCAAUAUUAAAGCACAAUUUGAGAAUCGAAUUCAAAGAUUGGAAAAGGAAAUCAACGACCAUGCAGCUGAGAAGAGCGAACUCAUGCAAAGAUUUAAUCAACUUCGUCAUGGACAAACAACAAAACCAGCGACAAGCACAAUGGAGAAAGGAACGUCAGACGCAUCGUCACGUACUGCAAAUGUUAAGCCAAUGGCGGGACCAAGUCAACAAUCGGCGACUGUUCAGCCAUGGCGUGGUGGGAGUGGAUCAUCUGGUGAGACGCCUUUAGCUUCGAUUCGUCCAAUUUCAGUUCAGAAUUCGAGAACAGCUGCGGUUAUGCCAACAACGAACGUCGCAAGUGUUCAAGGAUCGUCAGCCAGUGGAUCGUCGUCAUCAACAUCAACAUCGAAUGCCGGUCCAUCAUGUGCCAGUGUCACAGCACUCGUUCCACCACAACAACAAGUUCACACAACUGGAUCACAACCAGGCGAAGCAAUGUCAAGUUCACCAACAAGUUCACACACUGAUUACAUGCCAGCUACAAGUUCAGCAACUGUCGUCGUUGUUGCAAUUCCACCAAUGGGUUCAAAUCAAAACGCAGCUGAAAGUUCAUCGCAAGGACAAGAUUUGGAUCAAAUUCCACAAGGUGGUGAAAGUUCCAUUCAAGUUGUCACAGCUGGUCAACCACUCGCACAAACAGUUGCUUUAGUGUCACCAAGAAUUGAAACGCAGCAGUCACAAAUUCAACAGAAUUUAGAUAAUCAAGCGCCAAGUACAUCUGGUGGUGUUUCGGUUCCACAGGUUGCUGUAACACAUCAUCAUGCAUCAAGCAGCAACACAGUCACAACAACACAAGCUGGAACUCACAAGAGACCAAGAGAUGUUGAAGGUGAUAGUUCAACAUCAAAUGACGAACCAGUUGAUAAAUCAUUGCCACAAAAACGUACACGUCUUCAAGAUGGAUCAUUUCAGGUAGGCGUUUCUGAGUCAGGCUUAGAAGUUGAAUAUCAAGUUCCGACAUCAUCACAACGUGAUCAAGAAGACGAUGCGAUUGUUUUAUCAUCAGAAGAUGACGACGAUGAUGACGAUGAAGCGAUGCCUGAUGAGGGAAUUGAAGGUGAUGGUAUUGAGACUGAUUAUGCUUAUGAGAUGGAACGUCAAGAGAUUGACGAAGGUCCCGACAUUGAUGACAUUCAAUCAAGUGCUAACAAUGAAGUUGAAAUCGAAGAAGACAUCUCAGAAGUGCCAAAUCAAAGCUCAGCUGACACUGUCGUUGGUCAAAGUUCGCAAUCGGGUGAAUCAUCGUCGUCAUCAUCUGUCGCUCGUCAAACAGAGAAUCAACAACAAAUUCAAAGCAUAUCAAGUGGAAGUGGGAAUGGCAAUGGAAAUGAAGAAGCUGGGCCAUCAACAAGUUCCGGCACGAGUUCAAGUUUAAGUCCAUCAGCAACAUCACAAUGGCGUCAAUCACCAAAUGCAUCGUCAUCAAGACAACAAGCACAACAUUUAAUGCUGAUGAGUCAAACGUUCCAAGAUGAAGCAUCAGAUGAUCGAAUCGUUCCAAGUACGCCCACGCUUUAUCGUUCACGUGGCGAUGGAUUCUCCGAAGUUGUUUCAUCACCACAUCCAGCUCAAGUUCCUCAUGCAACAGCACGUUUCACAUUUGGUGAAUCCUCGUCAUCAAGUUCAUCAUCUCGUACAAUGGUUGAGGGAAUGGAUGAAACGAGAAUUGAUUUGACUGAUGAUCAUGGACAGAUUGCAGCGAGUGGACGAAACGUUCCAAAUAUUCCACAACAACAAUCACCUGGUGAUGUUAUGAUAAAUGAUUCAACAUCAGCCAGUACAAGCUCAACAUCAUCAAGUAUUUCAACAGUGAUUCAACAAGAUCAACAGCCAGUCGCUGGUUCAUCAAAUCAGGAAGAGAGUCAAGUUCCUGAAAUAAGUAUUACUGGUGUUGACGAUGAUUAUGAUGGAGCAUCAACAUCGGCAGGUGUUGACGAGUCAGGAAAAUUGGAACAACAAGACCAAGAAGAUGACGGCGGAGAUGGUGUAAGUUCAGAAGGAGAGAAACCACCAGCUACAGGGUCGAAUGAAGAAGAUACAAGCGAAGCUGAUAUGCUUGAGCAACCUCAAGUGACACGCACAACACGUUCAAGCGCAGUGACAAGAGGCUCGCCAAGUCCACCACAACGUGCUGGAAGAAUUUUGCGAGGAACUCAUCGUGGUGGCAAUCGUAUCCAGCCAAUUGUCUGGAAUCAACAAGAAGCUCAAAUGAUGGAAUGCAUAUUACUAAACUUUUAUUCGUUUUUAUUCAAGAANCCACAACGUGCUGGAAGAAUUUUGCGAGGAACUCAUCGUGGUGGCAAUCGUAUCCAGCCAAUUGUCUGGAAUCAACAAGAAGCUCAAAUGAUGGGUUUGCAACAACGACAACAGCAACAACCAUUCCCAUCACCACCAAAUCGCGGUUCAAGAGCUCGUCGUGGGUCUAGAGGGCGAGCUGCAAGUAGCACUAAUUACGAUCAUUUUGAAUCAUAUUUUGUGGUUCAGAAGGAUAAAAUUUGGAAGUUAAACAAUGAAGCUGUUCCUACAAUUUAUUUCGAACAGCAUGAAAAUGAAAUAGAGAAGAAAAUUGUUGAAUUCAAUGGUGAAGAUUACAUCGGACAAGAAGCUGAUAAAAUGAGAGAUCAGGAAGCAGAAGCUCUUUUAGGUGAACAAUGGAAGAUCAAUGAACUUCAUUCACGAUGCAGAUUUUGCACUGAAAUAAAAGAAGAAUUAAUUGAAAUUUCAAGUUUUGCAACGUACAACAUUGACAUAAAAGCUUUUCUUCAAUUUUUGGAUCUUCAUGUCAUUGACAACGAUUUCAUUCCACAAUCUGUCUGUGAAGAAUGCUUUAAUCAAGUAUUAUUGCUUGAUUCAUUCAUUGUAAAGUGUAGAAGUGCUAAUCAAUGGCUUUGGGAAGAAACAAAGAAGCUGAAAACGUUUAAAACUUUAUUGAAUAGAAAUGUUUACGUUCAAGGAGAAAAAGAAUUGAAAGCUAGAGAAGAAAUUGAAGAAGAAAUUAUUGAACAGUCAGAUGAAAAUUCUUACAGUCAUCUCAUUCAGGAAUGUGACUCAGAAAGCGAGCAGAAAAAUGAAAUGGAAUCGCAAUCAAUGUUUGUCGUAACAUAUGUUGAAGAUCCAAAGCAAAAUUCAGAAAACCAAACAAGUUUCCAACAACUUCCGAUUGUCAAUCCAAACUGCAACAGAUUCACUAUAAAGAAUUAUGAUUGUGAAGUUUGUCAAAAAACAUUCGCUGGUUUAAGAACGUUUAAGAAUCACAUUUGUGAUGUGCCAGAAAUUCGAUGCAAUUUGUGUGAUGACAUUUUCCAAACAGCUUUUGAAUUGAAAUCACAUCAACAACAUUUACAUCGACAACCAUUGCAGAAGAACAGAAACUUUUGUUCCAAUUGUAAAACUGUAAUCACUGGGACAAUCAGUGGCUUCAAAAAACAUAAAGCGAAGUGUAAUCGUGAUGUAAACCGUGACUUUCAAUGUAAACUUUGUGAGAAGAUUUUUUCAUCAUUACACAAACUUUCAAUACAUCAAAUGUUUCAUAAAGCCAAAGAGAAAUCAGUAAAAGAUUCUCUUGAAGUUAAUUCUGAUUCGAAAGAGACAAAGAAGAAACCUCAAGGAAAUGUAAUCUGUGAUCAGUGCGGAAAAUCUUACACAACUGAAGGCGAUCGUCGUCGUCAUUUCAAACUCAAGCACACUGAAAGAACGGAAAAUUUCACAUGUGAAUUUUGUAAUCGAAGCUAUCCGACCAAAACUGUUCUCAAAGAUCACAUUCGCAACACGCACAUAAUUGAUGAAGUCGCUUGCACAUUUUGUGGAAAAAUAUUCCGAAAUCGAACUCAUUUGAAGAAGCACAUGGUUUAUCAUGAUGAAUCGAAGAAGAUUCACAAAUGUUUGUUGUGUCCGAAUCAGCCUGGAUUUAUAAGCAAAGUUGGACUCAUCAGACAUCAAGCACGUCAUGCGAAAAAUCAGAAAAAGAAUCAAUUCAAAUGUGACAUUUGCGUUAAUUAUAAUUUUCACACAAGCUUUCAACUCCAAAGCCACAUGAAACACGUGCAUGGAAUGGAUCAAUCACAUUCAUAAAAAAAAAAACUUUCAAUUGUAAAUCUCAGUUCAG